AUGAGCUGCUUCGGGUGUUGUGAGGAAGAUGAUAUGCAAAAAGCUGCUGAUUAUGGAAACCAUAAUAACACAGCCAAAAACUUUGGAGGAAACGAUGGGAGGCACAAAGCCACUGAAACAGCACAAAAGGGAGCUCAAGUUGUGAAAGUGCAGCCUAUUGAAGUACCUAUCAUCCCUGUUACUGAGCUCAAGGAAGCGACCGAUGACUUCGGAACGAGUUCUCUCAUCGGCGAAGGCUCUUACGGUAGAGUAUAUUACGGAGUGCUAAACAACGAUCAGCCUGCAGCGAUUAAGAAGCUGGAUUCUAACAAACAGCCUGACAAUGAGUUUCUUGCUCAGGUUUCAAUGGUGUCUAGGCUGAAGAAUGAUAACUUUGUUGAGUUGAUUGGUUACUGCGUUGAUGGGAAUUCACGGAUACUUGCUUAUGAGUUUGCUAAAAACGGAUCUCUUCAUGACAUUCUUCAUGGGAGGAAAGGUGUGAAGGGAGCACAGCUAGGUCCUGUCUUGUCAUGGUAUCAACGAGUGAAGAUCGCGGUUGGAGCUGCAAGAGGGCUAGAGUAUCUGCAUGAGAAAGCAAAUCCACACAUCAUUCACCGUGACAUCAAAUCAAGCAAUGUCCUGCUCUUUGAUGAUGAUGUUGCUAAGAUUGCUGACUUUGAUCUCUCUAACCAAGCUCCUGACAUGGCAGCUCGCCUUCAUUCCACUCGUGUUCUUGGAACUUUCGGUUACCAUGCCCCUGAAUAUGCGAUGACAGGGCAGUUAAACGCUAAGAGUGAUGUGUACAGCUUCGGGGUUGUGUUACUCGAACUUCUUACAGGUCGAAAACCUGUUGAUCAUAGAUUACCAAGAGGCCAACAGAGUUUAGUCACAUGGGCUACACCUAAACUGAGCGAAGAUAAGGUUAAACAAUGUGUUGAUGCAAGACUUGGUGGCGAUUACCCUCCAAAAGCUGUUGCUAAGUUAGCGGCGGUUGCUGCGUUGUGUGUGCAGUACGAAGCAGAUUUUAGGCCGAAUAUGAGUAUUGUUGUCAAAGCUCUCCAACCUUUGUUGAACGCUCGAGCCGCUGCUCCAGGCGACGGAUUACAUUAG